CUGAUGAAACCAAGCCAUGUCGAAAAUACCAAAAUCGCUGAGUUAUUUUCCGAUUUCAUCCUAAAGGAGCACAUCAGCGUCCUUGACAGUUACCGGUCACAGUUGUCCAAUUCUGCUACUAGAAAGCAUGACAGUUUUGCCUUGAUUAUUAAUUUCUCCAGUCUCUGUGAAUUCAGUAGUCUGCUUUCUCAACACCUCCUAUCUAGCCCUCUCAGCACUCUUGAUGUGUUCAACACUGUACUACAGCGUACUUUUUUAAGUCGCUGUGGUGAUGGUGCACCCCUUAUCAGGUGCGUGGUGCGCAUCACUUCAUUGCCACCAAUACCAGAGGUGUUCCGAUCCACCAUACCCCAAUCCGAUCAAGUAGGUCAAUUUUUCGCAUUGCAAUGCACCGUUACACGUGUGGGGGCAGUUCAAGUGAUUCACAUUGAGCGGUCUUUUCGUUGUCGCAGUUGCGGCGGCACAGUUAAAGCUUCAGCUGACUUCAACCAGUUCUACGCAAUCCAGCCGCCUAAACGAUGCCAAAAUAUCACUGAUAAGUGCACAUCCACCACUUUCGACGUAAUUACCGACGAAAAGUCUGCGAUGCUGCUCACUUGCCAGGAGAUACGUGUUAAUGAGCGCUUCAGCUGCCUUGCGGUUGGCAAGAUGCCAAAAUCGAUAUCUGCUUGCCUCGAUACUGACUUGGUGGACAGUGUUCGACCUGGUGAUGACAUAAUUCUUAAUGGAGUACUUACUCACCGCUGGCGAACUCCCAAAGUUGGUUUUCCGUGUGAAAUCGAGACUGUGUUUCUUGCCAAUUCAAUAGAGAAUCUCUCAGAGAUGCGUUUUCGGGGAGAGAUGAGCGGGGACAACGGUAUUCGCAAGAUUGGUAAACGUUUUAGAAGCUACUGGUUGUCGGCAGAAAGUAAGGGCGAUUUUAACUUGGCCCUGCAUCUGCGUGAUGAAAUUGUGAAGAAUAUCUGCCCCGAUAUCUACGGUCUUUUCUUCCUAAAGUUGUCACUGGCGCUAGUCCUUGUUGGGGCGCCGCCUUGCUUGGACAAGUCACGUAAGCCCGCUAUUCUCAUUAAUGAAUCUGACACCACUUUCAAGUCUGACUACCUCCUUGUAGUGGAAGAACAUGAUUUUGAAAAUAACGCAACGAAGUCAGCAAACACAUUGGGAACCGAUCUACGUAUCCGUGGAAAUCUGCAUCUUCUUCUCAUAGGUGAGCCUAGCACGGCCAAAUCCGCUCUUUUGCGCUCAUCGUGUCGGCUUGCGGGACGGGCGAUCUUUACAGCCGCAACAGGAACCACUGCGGCUGGCCUAACCGCCGCUGCUGUGAGAGACGCCUCAGGGUGGGCUCUGGAGGCGGGCGCUCUGGUUCUCGCUGAUGGUGGUGUCUGUGCCAUUGACGAAUUUGCCAGUUUGAGGGGUGCUGACCGGGCCGCUGUCCAUGAAGCCAUGGAACAACAGACCGUUUCGCUGGCAAAGGCGGGCCUUGUGGCUAGACUCAACUGUCGUUGUGCGGUCGUUGCGGCGUCCUCCUUGCUCGGUGAUGAGGGAAGCAGCGAUGGUCUACCUCCUAGUCCUUUACUCUCAAGAUUCGAUCUCGUGUGGCGCCUUCGUGAUCCUUUUAAUUGCGAGGGUUGGGAUUCUGCUGUGUCUAACCAUGUGCUCGGUCUUGAAGGAGGUGAUGGAGUCACGGUAUUUACUUGCCUUGUUUCCAUUACACGAUUCGCUUGGACUACAGAGGAGUUGCGAAAUUAUAUAUUCUGGGUUCGAAGCAAAUUUCGGCCCCAGUUGUCCUCUGGAGCUGCUAUUCUCUUGCAACGCUACUAUCAACUGCGAAGGCGCACGUUACAACGGGUUUAUGGAUUGGAACAGGACCAGGCGGUAGCUGGAAGGACGACGCUGCGUCUGCUUGAGAGCCUGGUUCGCUUGACUCAGGCUCAUGCACGCCUCAUGGCCCGAAAUACAACCUUCGUUGAGGAUGCCGUCGUAGCUAUUUGGUUAAUGGACUGCUCUCUACAAUCGACGUUUGGUCGUAGCGCUUCUGCUAUUGAGGUAGGUGGAAACUGCGUUAGUCCACGAAAGACAGUCACAUACCAUGGAAUGGAGAAUCAUUUUGACACCAUUUUGGAUACUGUCUUCAAGCAGCUCAACUUACACGUCAAAGACAUCGACUCAGAGUGGUUUUUCUCUUCGUCCAAAUUAGAACAGGAAACCGAGCCAUUAUGCACUUCCACUCAAGUGAAGCUUCAAGAAUCGUGCGAUGUCAUUGCUACACAGGAUUCUUGUGAGCCAACCUUCCCCAACAUCUCGGCUUACCAUUUCGCGAACCUGGCAGCUGAUAGUAACCAUGAGGGCUUGUGCGUAACGAGUAAAGAGGUGUGCGGUUUAAGCGAAAAUCUGGAAAAUGCCUUUGACUUCGAUGUUGAUAGUUUCAUGCCCAGUGAAUUCUCAUGCCUUUAUGGAACGGUCCCGAAAGAUGAACCCGGUGAUGUUCACGUCAGAACUGUUCGAGACGGCAAAAAACUAGCCAAUGAAGCUAAUUUAGACAAGGCAGUCGAUCCAGCCUGUGACCACUGUUUUGUCAGCAGUGCAUCAGCUAAGGAGAAUGUAAAGGAUUUUAUUGAGGAACCUAAGGCCAAAUCUAAACCGGUACUACAUAAAGCCCGUACAAAAGCGAUCCUUGAGGAGCCGAAAAGCACAUGUCACAGCAACAUCAGAGCUAAUUUUGCCUCCGAGCCAUCUGAAAAUUCGAAAACCAAUGUCCCCAGCCAAAGUUUAUCCAUUGCCGAGAAUAAUUCAAGAAACGAAGGUGACACUGCAGCCUUAGGUUCGCGAACUAGACGCAAAUUGCAAAGAUUUGCAUUUACUGAAGCUGCUGCGCAAUCUUUCGAGUCCACGAGAAGUCCGUGUGUCUCAUCAAAACGGAGUAAGUCAACUGACGAGAAAGACUUCUUUAUUGUUCGAAAUCUGGCCCCUGAAGACUGGAACUCGCCAAACUUUAGUAUCGAUUUUGACUUUUAA